AUGCUGUCCCCUCUCGUGGCUGGAGGCGUUGUGUUUCCCGGACUCUUCCUCCUCUCCAAGAACACGCUCCGGCGACUGCCCCAGCUGCGCUGGGAAGAGGCUGACGCCGUCAUUGUCUCGGCCAGGUUGGUGUCUUCGGUUCAGGCCAUCAUGGCCUCCACCGCUGGCUAUAUCGUCUCCUCAUCCUGCAAACACAUCAUCGAUGACCAACACUGGCUGACCUCCGCCUACACCCAGUUUGCGGUGCCCUAUUUCAUCUACGACAUCUAUGCCAUGUUCCUCUGUCACUGGCACAAGCGUCAGGUCAAAGGGCACGGCAGGGAUGAUGGGGGAACCAGCCCCCCGGGUAGUACAUGGGCUGUGGCCCUCGGCUACCUGCACAAGGAAUUCCUCAUGGUGCUGCACCACGCCGUUAUGGUGCUGGUCUGCUUCCCUUUGUCUGUGGUAUGGCGGCAGGGUAAAGGGGACUUCUUCUUGGGCUGUAUGCUGAUGGCUGAAGUCAGCACACCCUUCGUCUGCCUAGGCAAGAUCCUCAUCCAGUACAAGCAACAACACACACUGCUGCACAAGGUAAACGGGACACUGAUGCUGCUGAGCUUCCUCUGCUGCCGCGUGCUGCUCUUCCCUUACUUGUACUGGGCCUACGGGCGGCACGCGGGACUGCCGCUGCUGGCCGUGCCCCUGGCCAUCCCUGCCCAUGUCAACCUGGGUGCUGCCCUGCUCCUGGCCCCGCAGCUCUACUGGUUCUUCCUCAUCUGCCGUGGGGCCUGCCGCCUAUUCCGGCCCCGUGGGGCCGUGACUCCGUCGCCUCGGCCUCCGCCGGGACUACACAACGGGCCCCGGGACUGAGGGGCGGGAUGGGGGAGCGGGGGGCCUGACCCCGCAGGGGCCGGGCCCCGGGACUGACGGGCAGGGAUGGGCAUCUCUCUCCCAAUAGGCAGAAGGGUGGACGAAGGAGGAGGAGGAUGGCAGGGCAGAAGUGGGAAUUGGCAGAUGGAGGCUGUCUUCCCUACCGAGCCUGGGCCUGAGAGGGCGAGGACAGAGGCUUGGGAUGGGGCGACUCUCCUCUCCUUGCAGGCACUGGGAGAAAAAAGGAGAGGAAAGCAGAGAGGCCGACCACUCCCUUCCUCCCAUCCACAAUUCACCGGGACCCCGUGGGUGAGGCCUACAGGAGGGUGAUGCCCUACUCUAAAGCCUUCUUGGAGUAGGAGAGAUUCAGGGAGAGAGAGAGGGAGACAGAGGCUCUAGACGAUCAGGGAGGAAUAAAUUGGGGAGGCCCCUCUCCCCUCAGCCAAGGAGACCCUCGCUUCCCCUCUCCUUAGGUGAAAACUAGGUAGGCGGCCCCAAUCUGGCCUCUCCCCUGGGGAGGGUGGCCCCGAUCGAUAGGUGUGUCCCACGCGUGCAGAGGGUGGGCUGCCCCCUGAAUCGACCACCCAAGGGGAGUGGUCCUACCUCUCUCCCUCCCUCCCCCGCCCCAGGGAUUUUCUUUAUUCCCCAAGUUUUUAUUAAUUUAUUGGGGGAUGGGGACAUAUGCUCCCCCUCUGCCCUCCCCAAGCCCUUCUAGUGCUGACCACGGCCUCUGGGGAGGAGGCGAGCCUCCUCCCUACCUCUGCAGGCUGCAAAGCUUGACCUCAGACCUCCUUCCCUCCCCCCAGCCCCUGGUGCUACAAUCCUUCUCCCCCUCCCCUUCUUCCACCCCAGGGUCAGGGGCAAGGGGAACCCUGGUGCAAGGGCCGGGCCUCCUCCUCCUCCUCCUCCUCCUCCCCGGCUCCACCGCUAAUAAAGACGAGAUC